GGAACACGCGUUUCUACGACACACUUACACUUUAAACUCACUCGGUCUCGGUUUUGCCUAUUGCACUGCAUAAGUAUAAGACAAUGGCUCUGCUACGUGUAUUAGAGAUUGUAUUUUUCUUCUAUUUCGCCUCUCACAUCCCGAUCACUUUAUUCAUUGACUUACAAGCGCUGCUGCCCGGACAUGUGUACCCUCAGCCGCUGAAGGAUCUUCUGAGCUGGUACGCGGAGGAGUUCAAAGACCCGAUGGUUCUGGAUCCUCCGGAGUGGUUCAAGUCCUUCAUUUUCUGCGAGGCUUUGCUUCAGCUAGCUUUCUUUCCCAUCGCAUCUUAUGCCUUCCUAAAAGGCGGCUGUAAGUGGAUACGGACUCCUGCCAUCAUUUACUCCACUCAUGUUGCGACCACGCUGGUCCCGAUCCUCGCUCACAUCCUCUUCUACAAGUUCCCUCUGAAGCCCCACCCGGGUCCUCAGACCCUGCAGGAGCGUUGGCUGCUGGUCUCCAUAUACGCUCCAUACCUGCUGGUUCCUGUGCUGCUGCUCCUCACCAUGCUGUUCUCCGCCUCGUACAACCACACCCCCAAAACCAAGAAGAAGUGACCUAAUGUGCUCUGACUUUAUCCAACUUUAUUUUUUUACCUUUUCUACCUUAAUCUCUGUAUCUGUGUAUUUCAUCUGUUUGUGAGCCUGUGUCUCAGACUGACUAUCACUGUGAUUUUAAGGUAAAAUGCCAUUUUCAAACGAGCACUUUUAAUGUUUCUUUUUCAAGUAAACACAUGUUUAUGAAACAUA